CUGCUCAGUGGCCCCGCCCCCCUCUCAGACAGGCAUGUAGACCUGCUGGAGGAGACUCGCAUUUCAUCACACCUCUCUGUUUAUAUCUAUAAAAACUGGGCAUAUUUACACAAAGUGAGACUUUAUCUUACAGCAACACAAACACAGGAACACCUCUAACACCUGUUCAUCCCACUGGACCCUCUUAAAGGUUUGAAGCGAUGUCGUCGGUGUGGCAGCAGGAGCCGUCGGGUUAUUCUCCCUGCGUAGAGAUCGACUCCAGCUCCGUGAGGUGCAAAGACCAUUUCAUCUCUCCGGUCUGGCUGAAGCAGGAACAAGACGACCUCCGCAUCAUCAAGUGGGAGAACUUUCAGACGGGAGCCUCAGCUGAUGCUGUUCAGGACAACACGCCCAGCAGCGCCAUGUCUGCUGCCUCUCAUGCAGAGAGCCUGCCCCCGCGGGUGCUGCUGACUAUCACCAAGCUGCAGUGCAUGCUGGAGAGCAAACAGGAGCGCAUCGCUGCUCUGGAGCGACAGGUGGAGGACCUGAUGCAGGACCGCAAGUUCCUCAGGAGCCAGAUUGAAAACCUCACAAGUAACCGCUCCAUGCCGACUUUUGCAUCUCCCAGUCCAGUAACUGAAGCUCCGAAACCCAGCAAAGUGCAGCACUCGGAGAACAAAUCUCGGAAGAGAGAAAGAGUUUCGUCUUGUUCCUCCGACAGCAGCGACAGCAGCUCUGAAGCAUCGGAAGCAUCAGAAGUUUCAGCGGCUUCAAGUGAACGCAGAAGGAAGAAACACCACAAGGACAAGAAACGAUCGAAGAAAGGGAAGGACUACAGCAGGAAGAGAGCCACCGGGGUCCAGUACGUCAUCCACCGCUACAAACAAGUCCUGUCAGCCUUCAUCAAGAAGAAGAGCAUGAGCGAAGCCUUCCGUCAUCUGGGAAUCGACCGGAACACCAUCGCCAACACGGCUUCCAUCGCCGAGCUCCAUCUGGCCGGCAAAGACAUGGUGCCCCUGCUGGGCUUGUUUCGCCAAGGAGAAGAGACUCUGGUCAGCUACGCCCACAGGUGCACCCUGGUCAUCGACAGCGACGCCGACCUGUCCCGGAGAAUAGACCAUAUGAAAGCUAGCGGCGAGCUGCUGCCCAUCUCAGGGAAAAGGCCCAGGAUUCUGCAUCCUCACCUGCAGCAGCUGGGCGGCGUUGCAGAGAGCAUUUUAAUAGGUUGAUGAUGAUUUCAUUGCAUGGAGGAGAGGAGAAACAUAAGGCCUUCAUACAAAUAUGUUUGUUUUUACACCAAUCUGAGCUGCUGGAUUUUAAUAUUUCAUGUGGCAUUUUUUUUAAAGUUGAUGUUUCAGGGGAACAAAAAUGUUAAUUAUUUUCAUUAUCCACAUAUUUAGAGUUUAUAUUGUGUGGAUAGCCAUACAAAAGAUGCAACUGCUGUCACUAAUUUAUCAUUAUUUAAGAGCAGAAGAGUGUGUAGUGUUAGAAACACCCACAAGAUGGCAGUGCUCACAUAUUAGAUCAUGUUUACAGAUCACUCCUCUUGUCAUUUCCUCCAAAAUGGUGGACAGUCAAUUUCCAUUUUCCAUCAUCUUGUUUGUGUUGGAGGUGUAUUUUUUUGUUGUGAAAAUAUUAUUUUAUGACAUUAUCCUGUGAUUGUAAUUUAACUGAGCGAUUUUAAAAAAGUGUGUUAAUGUUUCUGAACUCCCAACAAAUGAAAAUGUUUGUUCAUGGAGA